ACAAGUUUUAGACUUUGCUAGUGAGACAGAGAGGACAGAUCAGACCCUAGAGGGAAGAAAACACAAGGAUUAAUCUAUAGAUCUGCCUUCCUUUGUACUGUCGCAUUCUACAAUCUCUUGCAAUGACUGGGUUCAGCUGAUGCAGAGGAAGCCUCCAGCUCUCUUAAGUUAGGGAGAACUUCAGCUGAGAGUUGGAUGCACUGGUUUGAUUUAAUGCUCAUUUAUUAAUGGUCUCCCCUUUGGAAAGAAGGGCAGGUGCUGUAGGUGUUGCCGUACAAAUCCAGGGGAAAUGAAUGUUCUGAAAAAGAACAAAACAGGUUCUGUUCUCCUUUGGACAUACUUCUUGUGGAGGAUCAUCCUGGCUGACUUCACCUUGGACAAUGAGGUGCACUCUAGCUUUAUCCAGAGGCGGUUGCGAAGCCAGGAGCGCAGGGAGAUGCAAAGAGAGAUUUUGUCCAUCUUGGGGCUGCCACACAGACCCAGACCCCAUUUGUAUGGAAAGCACAAUUCUGCCCCUAUGUUUAUGCUGGAUUUGUAUAAUGCUAUGACAGUAGAAGAAGAGGAAGCCGAAGGCUUCUCUUAUCCAUACAAGCCCAUCUUUACCACCCAGGGGCCACCACUGGCCAGCCAACAGGACAGCAACUUCCUCAAUGACGCUGACAUGGUUAUGAGUUUUGUUAAUCUAGUGGAGCACGACAAAGAAUUCUUCCAUCAGAGGCGGCACCACCGGGAAUUCCUAUUUGACCUCGCCAAAAUCCCAGAAGGCGAUGCAGUGACAGCAGCUGAAUUCAGAAUAUAUAAGGAUUAUAUCAGGGAAAGGUUUGAAAAUGAGACGUUCCAGAUCAGUGUCUACCAAGUGCUGCAGGAACAUCAAGGCAGAGACUCUGACCUGUACGAACUGGACUCGAGAACGAUCUGGGCUGCAGAAGAAGGAUGGCUGGUGUUUGAUAUCACAACGACCAGUAACCAUUGGGUGGUGAACCCUCAAUACAACCUUGGAUUGCAGCUGUCUGUGGAGAGUAUUGAUGGACAGAGCAUUAAUCCCAAAAUGGCAGGCCUCAUAGGAACCAACGGGCCGCACAAUAAACAGCCCUUCAUGGUGGCGUUCUUUAAAGCCACUGAAAUCCACCUGCGCAGCAUUCGAUCGGCCGGCGGGAAGCAGCGAAACCAAAAUAGAUCCAAAGGACCAAAGGGCCAAGAGGCGCUACGGGUGGCUAAUAUUGCAGAAAACAGCAGCACUGAUCAGAAACAAGCUUGCAAGAAACACGAGUUGUACGUCAGCUUCAAAGACCUUGGCUGGCAGGACUGGAUUAUCGCCCCCGAGGGAUACGCAGCAUUUUAUUGUGAAGGGGAGUGCGCAUUCCCUCUCAAUUCAUACAUGAACGCAACAAAUCACGCCAUUGUACAGACUCUGGUUCAUUUCAUCAACCCAGACACUGUUCCAAAGCCAUGCUGCGCCCCUACCCAGCUCAACGCCAUCUCCGUCCUUUACUUUGAUGACAGCUCCAAUGUAAUCCUUAAGAAAUACAGAAACAUGGUGGUCAGAGCCUGUGGAUGCCACUAGCCAUUAGAGGAAGACGACUGAAAGCUGUCCAAUCAUUUUUUGCUCAUUGACUUGCCCCAUAAAACCAGUGGCAUGGAUAUGACUAGCAAUCAGCUGCUGUACAACUAUAACAUACCUUGUUUUGUAGAUUCAUCCCCAACGUGAAUGUCCAUAUCCAUGCAGCUAAUUUUGGGGUUUUUUGUCCUUUUUUGCACAGUUAAGUCAAGGCAGACUGUCUUGGACAGAGAAGUUCUGUUGUUCUGCCUAUAACUGAAGCAGGAAAAAAAUUAAUUUGUGGACUAAAAACAAUGAUGGAGUAGAGACGGAUCACCACUGCCUACAGUAUAUGUCAUAAUGUCACCAUGGAAGGGGCCCUAGAUGAUACAAUGCUGUGGUUCUCUUUUGCAAAUGCUGUCUAUUUAAUAUCACUCCUUUGAUGUUUCAUUAUAAUCUCGGCAGGGUAGAUUUAUGUUCGUUUGGGCUAAUCAAUGCAUAAGAGCCCUGUUGCCAUCAGAGAGGAUUCUGGGAAACAGAGACACAGGGUUUAUUUUUAUACAGAGAGUUUGAAUUGUGCCUCUGAGCUGCCAUCUUUGUUUAACUCCAAAGACUGAGAAUAUGUUCUGAAAUAACGGAAAUAUAUGUACAGGUGAUAAAAAUAAUAAAUCAGUUCUUCUCAA